CCUCGCUCGGAGGGAUGGAAGUUAGUUACCUUUUCUCGACUCCGUAACCCUGUCCUUAGUGUCAACCAUAUUGGCAAUUGAAUUUCGGGAGUAAGCGUGGAAGGUAAAACUUCAAGAGGAAUAUUGAGAAUAUGAAGAGAAGAAAGUGAAGCCGGCUUCUGGGAGCUUUCAAUACUUCUUUGCUUGGUGGUUAGACAGAGAGGACGAUCAAUGGCGAGAUGGAGAGCCAGUGAUGAAGACGUGGCGCAAAGCACUCUUAUAUAGCAGCAAACAUCUAUUUAAAGAACUUGUCAGACAGCGCUCUCUGCGCUCUUUACUCGUACAUUGCGACGAGUCCACAGUGACCUGUCCAAUCGGCCGAGGUGGGGGGCGUUGAUCCCAGAUUCCCGACAAGACUCGAUGAAGACUCAUGGCUCUUGCAUUUAGACGAGAGAGAGGGGCGGGGCUUGGAGGGGUAAUAGACAGAUGCAGGAGCAGGUGGACGGACCAUGGCUCCUGCACAGGCUUGACAGGCAGUGAUGUACCCCUGCAGAAAUGUCUCUCGAGUCGAACCCAAAGUCUCCUCUCCACCAACCGUGAUAACAGCUCGUCAUCACUCGUCCAGAAGAAACCACAACUCGUGGAAACUCUCCGAGUUGGUGUCAUGAUAUUGCUUGAUCGUCCGCGGCUGUUUAUUCGUUGAAACAAGAAUGCAACCCUAAUCUUACGCCGGAAAACUUCCCGCUCAGUUCGCCUGACAGAUAAGCAACUGAUAACUUUGAUUUUAACCUUCAUGUCGUCUCGGCGUGGAGAGAACAGGCUUAUUUGGGCCAACUUGAUACUCCCGACCGCAAUACACAGCACAAAUGUCGACGACCAUUGCUGGGCAUGGAGUUGGCGCAAGUGGCGAGAAGAAGGUCGUGAUGGACAAGAAAGAGGGUAGCAAGAAUUACAAGGGUUUUGUUGCAGGUGUAUUCUCCGGAGUCUCCAAGUUGUCGGGUAAGUACCCAUUCAUAUUCCAUUGACCUUGAUCACCCACAUUGCACUCCCCUCAAGGUCAAUGGCCUUAGACAGACGAUACAGCAUUUCUUCUACGUUUCACUUUCCCAAGAUCACAAAGCUAACCUCAAUCCCCAGUCGGCCACCCCUUCGAUACCAUCAAAGUCCGUCUUCAAACCUCCAAUUCCGCCCAAUUCUCCGGACCCCUCCAAUGUCUCCUUCAAACGGUGCGAAAAGAAGGUGUCAAAGGCCUCUACAAAGGCGCCACACCCCCUCUCGUAGGCUGGAUGUUCAUGGAUAGCGUAAUGCUAGGCUCCCUAACAUUCUACCGCAAACUCCUGCACCAAACCCUCUUUUCUCCAUCCCGCAUGUACAACUCCCCCUCCGCAUUCGCAAGUGUCGACACUCCAUCCCACAAACUCCCAACCGUGGGCCAUGGAAUGGCAGGCGUGAUGGCUGGAGCAACAGUAUCGUUCGUGGCCGCACCGGUAGAACACAUCAAAGCACGUUUACAGAUCCAAUACUCGAAUGUUCGUUCCGAGAGAUUGUACCAAGGACCCAUCGAUGCAUUCUCCAAGAUCUACAAAUUCCAUGGUGUGAGAGGGAUAUACCACGGUCUUUCAGCAACUCUACUGUUCCGCUCUUUCUUCUUUUUUUGGUGGGGGUCUUAUGACCUCUUCACGAAACUUCUCUCGGAGAAAACUGCGCUUUCCACCCCAGCCAUCAAUUUCUGGGCCGGUGGACUGAGUGCCCAGGUCUUUUGGAUGACUAGUUAUCCUUCCGAUGUGGUGAAGCAACGAAUUAUGACCGACCCGUUAGAAGGGGGGUUGGGGGAUGGAGUCAAGAAAUUUGCCGGUUGGAAAGAAGCGGCGGUGACAGUAUAUGAAGAAGCUGGAUGGAGGGGUUACUGGAGAGGCUUUGUGCCUUGCUUCUUGAGAGCUUUCCCCGCCAAUGCGGUAGCAUUGGUUGCUUUUGAGGGGGUUAUGAGAAGCUUACCCUGAGUAGAUGGGAUUCAACAUGCGUGAUAUAUUUGGGUUUAAAAGGACUUAUACAUUGGGGGCGUUUUGAUUAUACCACAUGGUCGAUAGAAUAGCACGGCAUAUAUGUAGUAGUAUUGUAGAAAGACUAGAUAAAUCUCAAUUCAUGAAAAUUACAACAUUAGAAGCUAG